AUGCAAGGCCUCACGACCGCCCCGAAUGGAGAGGGUCGCUUCCAGCUGGGUGCAGACGGUGUCCUCCGCACGUACGACGCAGGCGGCAAGGGGUUGGACUACGCGCGCCUGAGUCCCGACCUCAUCCAGGCCUUGGUCUCCAAGACUCGCAACUUUCCAGAGUUGGAGGGUGCAGUGCCUGCCUUCGCUGGCGUCAAUGGAUAUGACGUCCCAGAGGAGCAGCUCCGGGACCCUCUGCCGGGUAUCCUGGCCGCCGCGGAUGUCCGAGCCAACAUCGGCAUUAGGGAUGGAUCAAACCCUCUCAUGGAACGUUCGGACUGUGGGAACAUAAUUUGCACAGGCGACUCGCGAACAUUGGAAUCUGCCUCUAACGGCCUGUACCGGCGGUAG